CAGUAAUCAAAAAUUUUAAUUUGCAUCUUCAAACAUAUAAAUUUGUAUCAGACCCUAAGAUGAGAAGUGAACUCCUACUGGAGAGCCCCAACCUUUGCCUGGAACAAGGUAGAAGACAAGAGCUAGAAGAGCAGAGACGAAGAGUGGAAAUGGUGGCACCUGGAGAAGAGGGGGGCCCCAAGCUUGCUCGUCUCCUCUAUUUCGUCGGCGCCGGAUUCAUAUGUACAGCUGCGAUCAACAAGUGGAGAGAUCUGGAACGAAAGUUUAUGAUUCAGAAACAGCAACGCCUCGACAAGGAGGGUCUGGGUCAGUUAUCUGAAAACCCAGCCAACGCGAUAGCUAAAGCUGUGGAAUAAGAACAUGUGUAAGAUCCCCUUUUCUGUUCUUCCUAAAAAUCUUUUGGUUUAAUUGAGUGUAUGUUCAGUUUGUAUUGGGAUAUUGAAUUAUAGAUGAAUUGGAAUUUAAGUAGAAUAUUUUGGUAUAUGAACAUAUUUGUAUUUCAUUGACAUGAGAUUAUCUGUUUAUGGUUUGUGUACUUUGUUGAUUUGCCGUUUUGUAGUCUUUAUUUAG